AUGCAAGUGCUCAGCUUUGUCAACCUAAUCGUUUUCCUGCGGUUUGCCUCUGCCGUCGUGGUCACGCAACCUCCGCCACUCAAAUGUAAUGCCGACAACUGUCUUCGAGGCCUCUUUGGCGCAAAUGCUAAAGCAUCUGCCGCCAACAUGGCCGCUUGCUCGACUGGCUUGUCGACUGUGACAGUCUCCAUUUCUGGGUCAGUCACAACAACAAUGACUGCAACAGCACCUCCUCCUGCCGCAGCAACUGUCUGUGACGGUCAGGGUGUGGAGAAGCGUGCACAACGCUUCUCGAGUGCUUGCAGCUGUGUCGGUGUUAUUCCAGUCACAACGACUACCAGCGUUGCUGCAGCUCCAAGCUCGAGUCUGGAUCUGAUUGCACUUGGCCAGAUUGCCUCGGCAGAUACUAUCCAAUUAUGCGGUGGCUCGGUGUAUCUCGUGCAGAUCAAGCGCAAGUCGAUGGGAAAUUCGUACACGGUGCCACAAGCAGGCACCAUUAUUUCUGCAACAACUUAUGACGGAUAUGCAACAACAUUCGACGGACAUCAGGCUAGCCAAACUUUUCAAGUGUGGCGUCCAGCAGGCACAAACCAAUUUGAUCUUGUCGGAUCGAGCCAGCCGCUGGUCUUGACAGGUUCUGGCCAAGUUGCUUCAUUCGUCCUCGAUCAACCGAUCGCUGUGCUCGAAGGAGACCUUCUCGGCGCGUUCGCGUACGGCGGAGCGUGCCUACAGCGGUCAGAUGGAGAUCCUCACGACGAGCGUUACCUUAGCUCUUUCUAUUUGAAUGGAGCAGAGGCCCCUGUUGGUACGAGAAUCCAGACUACAACAUUCACAAACAAUAACCUGGUCAACGUUGCAGCUGUUCUGAAGACGAGUGCUUGA